AGUACAUUGACGUAAGCAUUUUUUUUUUUUUUCCUUUAAAAAUUAACUAUAUGUCUUGAGUAUGUACAAUCAAGGGUUAUUAAUAUCAAUAAUCCAUUAAUAUUUUUUUUUUUUUGUAAUUAUAUUUUUUUCUAAAUACUAAAUUCAACUUUUAUAAAAUUUUUUUUAUAUGUCUUAUGAAAUUAUUGUCACCAACAUGCCACGACUUGCCUUUUGACAAGUGUAAUAUUUUUUUUUUAUUAAGUAUUUUUCACUGGACUUAACUGUCUUAUCACCAGAAAAAAAAAAAUAAUUUCUUAUAUUUUAUUUUUUCAUAUUGUUUCGGCACUGUGUGUGUGUGGCUAUCGAAAUUGCAAUGUUAUUUCGACAAAAACUACCCUCAAUUUUUAAUGUGUUUAUUAUUAUGUUAAUUUAGUGUACAAUACAAACACACACACACAGUAUACAUAAAUAAUAUACAUAAAAAUAAUAAGAAGAUCCAACAGAUACAGGUCGUAGUUGAAAAAAAAAAAAUUUAAUUGCAGAGGUGUGGUGUGUUUUUUUUUAUUUAUUUUUCGAUUAACGACAUUGACGCCAUCUUUCAACUGUCAAGUACAAUUGUUAUUAUUUUUUUAAUAAUAAUAAACAAAUAUUUAAUAAUUUAAAGAUAAAUUAAUAUUGCUAUUAUUAUAAAAAUUUCUAUUAAUUAAUCAAUCAUAUUCAAAAUUGUUUUUUGCAAUUUUGGAGUAAAAAUUUGUCAACAUACGACUCAAACGUCAAAAGAAAAAUCCGGCUUAAAUAUUAUUAUCAUUGUUUGUAUUGUUUAUUUUUUUUUUUUUUAUAUCACAAAUCUCGUGUAAAAUUUUAUUGUGCAGAAAAUUAUUUAUUGUGAUUUUGCGCAGUUGUUAAAAAAAAAAUAAAAUCAUAGUAGUGCAAAAUCAUCAUCAGGUUUCAUCAUAAUAAAACAGCUGAUUGAUAUUAUUGCACUUGAAAGUACAAUUAUAAUUUUGGAGUAUUAUAUAAAAUAAGAUAUUUGUUGAUAUCUUAUUAUGGAAAAUCAUCAUUUAUUUUCAAAUAAUGACAAACCACCUCCAUAUUCAGCUGCAACUGCACCACCAUCAACAGGUAAUACAUCGUGGCAACCACCUCCUGGAUAUUAUCCAACUUAUCAAAAUUCACAAUCAAAUUCAGUACCAUGUUAUGGUUCAACAACGACAACUGUAAUUGUGCCUGAAAUUAUUCUUGUUGGUUCAUGUCCAGCUUGCCGGGUUGGAGUACUGGAGGAUGAUUACACAUGUCUAGGUGUAUUUUGUGCAAUUUUUUUCUUUCCACUUGGUAUUUUAUGCUGUUUGGCAAUGAAAAAUCGUAGAUGUUCAAACUGUGGAGCAUAUUUUGGUUAAUUAUUUUCAUUAAUUAUCUAUAAUAUAUAUAAGAUAUAUAUUGAUAUAUCAAACUGUUAUUAUUCCCAUUAGUACUAAAGAAAAAAUUAUUUAUAUUUAUACGGAUUAACGUAAAGAGGAUUAGAAAAAAAAAAAAUAAAUAAUGUAAAUUUAUUGUUGAAAUUGGAAUAAUUUUGUGAUGUUAUGGUUCAUCGUGACAUAAAAAUGUCAAGGUAACACUGGAAGCCAGUAGUUAUAACUUUUUUUUUUUUCUUAUUCUCAAUGAUUAUCGUUAUGGAUCAUAAAUUUUCACGCUCUCUCGAGUUGGUUAGUUUGUGAUAUUAAUUGCAAUAAUUUUUACAACAGUGUAUUUAAUUAUUUUUCAUAGCACAUAUAUUAUUAUUAUUUUUUUUUUCAUUAUUUAUUAGCUCCAAGAAGUGGAUUAAAGUAUCAAGAUCCGUAAUAUUGUGUGAUAAAUAAUAAAAGAGACUGAUGAAGUGCAUGAAGUUAAUAAUUACAAAUUUAAAUUUAUUCAAAUGUAAAUUGUUGGAAAGAAAAAAAACAGAAAUUGAAUAAAAUUUAACUUUAUUAUCAUUGUAGGUAAUUGAACCCCAUUUAUAAUAUAUAAAAAAAAAUUUAUAAACAUAUAAUUAAUUGAUUAUUAUUGUUGUUAUUAUUAUAAUAUAUUUUUUUUUUGAAUUAAAAAAAAGAGUUAAUUUUUAUAUCUCCUUGAAUUGUUUAUUGCUUCCUAUUUUGUUACGACGCAAUGAUUAUUUUGACUUAUUGUCAAUCAUAAUUAUUCUUCUUUUGUCAAACAAUAUUCAUUUUAAUUUUGAAUAACUAACAAGUAAAUUGUUCAGUCAAACUUCGUCGUAGUUGAAAUAUAUUUUAUAUACCUGCUUUUAAAUUACAAGAUAUAAAUGU